CCUUUUCCUGAAGGUCUUUACAAGGUGCUUUUCAGCUGCCUGCUACACGGUGCCUCCAAAAUGUUGAAGGCAGUUAAUUCAUUACUCUGGGUCUAUUUUGACCCAGUUUAUUUGGUGUAGUUUUCACAAUAUUGUGGUUGACAACUUGUAACUGAUAUACUUUGUUAUACAUUUUAGUAAUUUGCAGCUGCUUUUUUUAUUUUGAAUCAUGUUUCUAUGAGGAUGUGAUCUUUGUCCCCACAGCCCCGCCGGUGCUGUGCAGAAGUGAGGGUCUGAGGCGGUGCUGUGCUCAGCGCUCCCUGCGUCUUUGCUGCCGCUGAUCUCUGUUGCAGUGGAGGCUGCAAGGCAGGGCACCAGCAGGAACAGACUGUCUGUGGUGUGAGGAUUAGGGGUGAUCACGAGAGCCUCCUCACCACCACCACCACCACCACCACCUUGCUGCUGGCAUCUCCAGCCAUAAAGGAAAGGAAAAGUUUGAGUGCAAGAAGACUUGAGAGUGAGAGCAGGUCCACUAGACACAGCCUUGCACACACUGGUGAAGGAAACCAUGAGUGCCAAGAGUGUGGGAAAAGACUCCCUGGGAAGGGUGACCUCACCAACUACACCCACACACUCUGGAGGAAGACCUCAUGAAUGCUGUGAGUGUGGCAAAAAGUUCAGUAGAAAGAGGGACCUCAACACACACACCCUGAUACACACUGGUGAAAGACCUCAUGAAUGCCGUGAGUGUGGGAAAACGUUCAAUCAGAGGAGUAACCUCAUCAGACACACCCUUACACACACCUGUGAAAGACCUCAUGAAUGCCAUGAGUGUGGCAAAAAGUUCAGUAGGAAGUGUGACCUCAAGAAACACACCCUUACACACACUGGAGAAAGACCUCAUGAAUGCCGUGAGUGUGACAAAACGUUCAGCAGUAAGAGUGACCUCAAGAAACACACCCUUACACACACUGGUGAAAGACCUCAUGAAUGCUGUGAGUGUGGCAAAAAGUUCAAUCAGAGGAGUAACCUCAACACACACACCCUUACACACACUGGUGAAAGACCUCAUGAAUGCCGUGAGUGUGGCAAAAAGUUCAGUAGGAAGUGUGACCUCAAGAAACACACCCUUACACACACUGGAGAAAGACCUCAUGAAUGCCGUGAGUGUGGCAAAACGUUCAAUCAGAAGGGUAACCUCAAGAAACACACCCUUACACACACUGGUGAAAGACCUCAUGAAUGCCAAGAGUGUGGCAAGAGGUUCAUUUCUAUGUCUGUGUUGAACAAGCACAUCUUCAGACACUCUGGCCUGAGAGAGUUCAAGUGUGAUGUUUGUAAGAAGCAUUUCAAGACCAAGCAGGAUAUUGCUCGGCACAUGAAGAUCCACUUCCCCUGAGGUGUUGUGUUGUGCUGCUGUAAGUGUUAUGCACGGAACUUUCCAUAUGACUCAAGAAUCACGUGACAGUACAAUUCUGUAUAGCUUGCACUUCUCUCUGCCAGCAGUGGUCAGUUACAGGCUGGCAGCCGCGACAUCCACACGUUUGUCACUCGUCUCGUCCGCGGCUUGUAUACACCGUUCGUGUUGUGCUUCACAGAUAAAUAUAUUGUGGACUAAAAACAUGGACCUUUUCAUAAACUCAACCAAAGUAAUAUAUGUGGUGGGGGGCAGCAUUUGGUAGCCCAUCCUGGUUCUGCUGACAGGCCUGACCAAACAGCUGUUUUCCUCGAUGCAUCUGCCUAAGGUAAGCCUGCCGCCCAUGGCAGGUUUACCUUGGGCAGAUGCAUAGGGAGGAAUUACACAGCUCAGGGCUGGACGCUGCGGAACACCUGGCCUCUGGCCUUGCCGUCAUUUCUUAAUGGGGCACAGGGAACUUGGUGACCUUCAGUGCCUCAAAAACUCAAUUUCUCCAGACAUCUUUCCCCUGUUCUUCGACAACACUCAGCCGUCCCCAUCACCCCGGGACGCAGGGCCAGUGUGUCACCAGGGUUACCCCAGCGUGCCUUUCCCAGGUGUCCCCAGGUACCCAUUUAUCGACCAGCCCGAAAGGAAGGAUGAACAGCUGGGUGGACUGCACGCCGACUGCCCGGGCCGGGGUUCAAACCCAGACCACGCUAACCACUGCACCACGGACACGUAAUGAUGGAACUCAUUGCUUAUAAUAUACCGGAGAGAGAGAGAGAGAGAGAGAGAGAGUAUAUUUGUCUGUGUUUCUCUCAUUUUUUUCAUGGUUCCCUUCUUUUCUUCAGUUACUCUUUUCCUAUCUUUAUCUCACACUGUUUUGUUUCAUGUGUUAUUUCUCUAAUUUGUUUAUUAAUCUCUCCAUCUUCAUCUCUUUACUUUCUCUUUGAAGCUUGCCAUCUCAUUCUUUCUUUCAUUUGAUUCUCUCUCUCUCUCUCUCUCUCUCUCUCUCUCUCUCUCCAACAUUCUCUCAUUCUCUCUGACAUUCUUUUUCUCACAUUCUCUCAAUCUCAUUCUCAUUCUCUCUCAGUCUCUCUGUUUCUCAUUCUCAUUAUCAUUCUCCCUCAUUUCAUUCUCCCUCAUUUUCAUUUCCUCUUAAUCUCAUUCUUAUUCCCUCUCUCCCAUUCUGCUAUUUCCAUUCCCUCUCUCAUUCUCUAAU